AUGGCUCGAUAUCUGGCAUCCGGCACACGAGCACUUUCCGCCGACACGGCGACAGCAACGCGCACUUCCGUACCGACCCGCACAACCACACCCAGCCCUUUGGGAACCUGCGCGUAUGCAGCUCCCGCCCACCCGCAUUCAUUGCGUAGAAUGCAACACCUGUGGGCGAUGGCAGGACAAAGCACGGCGGUGCACGUGGCGGCAGAGACCUGCGCUACCACAGAUUCCUGCCAUCGCCAGGACACAGUCCCCGGCAGGUGCAGCUGGCUGCCAAGCUUUGACGCUGUGCCGCUGGCGGGCUGCAGCCAGAUGCCGCUGCCGGAGCGCGUCACUACUAGCCCAGAGCCAUUGUCUACCCAUCGCAUGUGCUGGACCUGGUCUGGCAUGUCGAACUUGCCGCCUUGCACAGUGCUCGGUGCGCCGACUGCACUGACCUGCCAGUACCACACGGUGCUGUCGGUUGCACUGCUCACUGCGGCCAUGACAAAUCCCGUGCUGCGCAAUCACCUCGCCAACUGUGCCCACAUCCUGGCGCUUCCGCUUCUCCCCUGUGCAGGUAUCGCUGGUAAGUUCGAGAUCUAUCUCUCGUACUCGCUUGCCCUCACAUUCCAAAUCAACAAGAACCAAUACCAGCCGGCUAACCCGAACGCAUACGACACCAUAUACACGGUGGUUCACCCACCAUGUGCAUCGCACAUUGCCAAGGAACGAAUGCGCGCUUUGACACACUGA